UCUAGGGCUAUUUUUGGGGUUUAUCAUCGGGGUCCCUCGCCAGUCCGGCAGUAGUCUUGCGUCAUGGCCAGUGCGUCCGUACGCCUUUUUUCCUCGGGCUCUUUUGGCUCUCUGUGCCGUCAGGCCGCUGUGCGAUGCCAGAGCACAGCGGCAGCGGCGGCGCCCGAGCCGGUGAAGGAGAAGAGAAUCAAGAAGUUCGCAGUGUACCGCUGGGACCCCGAGAAGCAGGGUGACAAGCCCCACAUGCAGACCUACGAGGUGGACCUGAAUGCGUGCGGUCCCAUGGUGCUCGAUGCCCUGCUGAAGAUCAAGAAUGAAAUGGACUCCUCACUGACCUUCCGUCGAUCCUGCAGGGAGGGCAUCUGUGGCUCCUGCAGCAUGAACAUUGGUGGUGUGAACACUCUUGCCUGCAUCAGCAAGAUCGACACCAACCUCACCAAGGCCACCAAGAUCUACCCACUGCCACACAUGUACGUGAUCAAGGACUUGGUGCCAGACAUGAACAACUUCUAUGAGCAGUACCGCUCCAUCCAGCCCUGGCUGCAGCGCGAGGAUGGGCUCAAGCCAGGCGACCAGCAGUACCUACAGUCUGUUGAUGACCGCAAGAAACUGGAUGGACUGUACGAGUGCAUCCUGUGUGCCUGCUGCUCCACCUCGUGUCCUUCAUACUGGUGGAAUGGAGACAAGUACCUGGGCCCGGCAGUGCUGAUGCAGGCAUACCGCUGGAUCAUUGACUCUCGAGACGAGCACUCUGAGGAGAGGCUCAAGAAGCUGCGUGACCCCUUCUCUGUGUACCGCUGCCACACCAUCAUGAACUGUACCAAGACCUGUCCUAAGGGCCUCAACCCUGGCCGAGCCAUUGCUGAGGUGAAGAAGCUGCUGUCAGGUAUUGCCAAGAAGGGAGAGCCUGGACUGAACCCCAUGGGAGCCACCGCCAACUAGUCGGGUGUGUGUGAGACAGCUGAUAGUUCUGUAGAUAGUCUGACAGUCCAAGUGAGAACAUGAUAAUCAUGUAUCUCUUUUGACCUGUAUUCCCUUCUGUCUUAAUACAACUUUAUUUUUCUUUUCCUUAUUUUGUCAUAAAUGAGAAUAUUUUGUCCGUUGAUCUAGAAAAUUUGCAUUUUCCAUGCAGGAAAUUUUAGUGAUGCCUCCACAGUUUAAUUUUCCACGCAUUAUUUUUUUCUAAUUUACAUGUAUAAUUUAAUCACAGAAUUUACAGAGAUCAUCUUUAGAGGUUAGAUAUACCAAUAAGUGCUUGCGUGCUCACAUUCAAAGCCAUCAAUUUUACCUUGCUCUUGUGUUUGUACUAAUGGUCAACUUUCAUGAACAUCACACACUGAUGACCCCACUCUUUCCUACUAAACCUGGCUCCCAAAAGUUCUCACAGCAAUGAUAAAACACACAGGAACUCUUUAAAUAUUGAUACGUAUAAGGAAAGGCUCCAUGGCACAAUGUACAUAGAUGACAGUGAGCCGCCGCCACCACUGUAUGCACACCAGUUGUGGAUGUGGCAGUGGUGGCCGCGGCAAGCUGUGUGUGUCCUGGGUGGCAACAGGAAUGACUGGUCGGUGCUGGGUGGUUAAUAAUGAUGAUGAUGAUGGUGUGUGUGGUGUUCUCAUCGUUGUCCUAUGCUAUAAAUGAUGUACAGUUGUUUAUAUGUAUCAAUAAAUACACAACACUGUAUCUCUCA